AUGGCCCGGGUUGCGUCCAGCUGUGCCGCCCUUGUGGCGCAAAGGAGGGGAUUUUCCGCCGCGAUAACCGCAAUCGAUGUGUCGGUGAAGAAGGUCGAGGAGAAGGCGGUGAAGCUGGGUAUGGCGGCGACGGAGGACACGACGGAGGACAAGACGGCGUUCUGGGAGCCGGACCCCAAGACCGGCGACUACCGGCCGGUGACCGGCACCAAGGAGGUGGAUCCGGCCGACCUGCGCGCCGAGGUGCUCAAGCGGAGGUUGCUGCAGCAGCAGUGAUGCGCGUGCUGCAAACACGCUGCCGGCCCAGGUUCAUACCGCCAUGUACAGCAAAACGUGAACGGGCGUGGUAACUAUAUUUACUAUGCGCCAUGUCGGACAACAACCUGUCAGGAAAUUGCUUCCUUUAA